AUGCUAGGAGCAUGGCAAUCAAGAGCAAGAACAAAGGAGAAUUUGUGUGUGUGCGCACGUGUGUGUGAGAGAGAAAAAGAGGGAGAGAGAGGGGGAGAGAGAGAGAGAGAGAGAGAGAGAGAGAGAGAGAGAGAGAGAGAGAGAGAGCGAGAGAGAGAGAGAGAGAGAGAGAGAGAGAGAGAGAGAGAGAGAGAGAGAGAGAGAGGAGAGAGAGAGAGAGAGAGAGAGCAAGCAAAGAUAAACAAGGAGAGGGAGAGGGAGGAGAGUCGAAUGGAAGGCACGAGGCAUGAAAAAAAAAAAAAAAACAACUCGUGA